CCUCGCUGGAGUCCAUCGGGUAGGUGGUUCGAGGGUCACGAGGUCGUUGCGUCUCGUGCAUUUGCACCUACUCGCAAGGUUCUCUUCACAUUAAAGCUUUGCGACUUUAUUGCCAGCUUGAAGGCCGCUAGCCUUGAAUUUGGCAAUACAAUUGGUCGGCUCCUAACCGUGAGGGCAAUUGAGUAGAGGCAGCCGAUCUGCGAUCUGAAGGAGAAGUAUUUCAUGAUCAAAAGCAAGAAGAAUGGCCGCAUUAGGAAGGCGCCUGCGGCUACUUGAUAGAUGCACCGUCGAUAUUAAGAAGAUGUCUACGACUCUUUGAUGGAUGCACCAUCAAUUUGGUGAUGUUUCAUGUCUUGAUUUAUGUAUUUUCACUGGGCGUAUGUUUUGUGACGUCGUGAUCCAUGUGUGAGGGGUUUGCGAUUGUAGCAUGUUUCAAGAUUAAGAUACAAUGGAUUGAGAGUGCCCUAAGAAUAUUUGAUUGCAAAUUACUUCGAUAUUCAGUAUUCCGCAAAGUUGGAUCUCGGGUUGCUUAGCUACCAAGCUUUCUUUAGUUAUUAUAUGACAGAAAAUCAUGGCAUCUAUUAGCAUUGACAUAAUUUUGGUUAAUACUAAUUAUUUGCAUGUAUGCCAAGUAUUUACAUUAUAGGGCAAAAUAUAUUGGUGUUUACUGAUUAACAAGCCCAUAAGUAGCACAAUUUUAAUGCAUCCACAGAUAAUGCAAAAAUGUUGGUCCUCCUGCCUUGUAUUCCGGUUGGGCCAUUUUUUUUUGUUCGAGCUGGUUUGAGUCAAAGAUUGAAACAAUUAGCAACACACCGCCUUGGCAUUAUCAAGCACGGAUUAAUUACCCUACGCCUAUAUAUUCACCUCUCUCCGUCAACCAAAACACACCUCCAGUUCAGUAGAAGUGACAUAUCGCUGCAAACAAAGAAAAAAAAAGAAGUAACACACGCACACCGAUGAUUACCAUGGGAAAGUUGCUCACUUUUUUGCUAUGCAUUUUGCUGUUUGAAGGGUGGAUGGUCCAGUCGGUUCCUUAUGAUUAUACCGCGAGCAUUAAGUGCUUGAGCAGCCCGAUGGGAGCUCUGUACAAAGGCGGCAUUAUCGAGAACAGCGAGUUCGACGGCGGCCUGACGGGCUGGUCGGUGCCCUGGGGCGUGACGGCCAACGUGAGCAGCUCGCCGUCCGGCAACAACUUCGCGUCAGCGAGCAACAAUGGCCAGCCGUCGCGCAGCGUCUACCAGAAGAUCCAGAUGGAAACCAACCACCACUACUCCCUCUCGGCAUGGUUGCAGGUUUCUUCGGGUACGGCGGUGGUGAGAGCGGUCUUCAAGGAUCCCAGCGGCGCGUUCAUCGCCGGUGGAGCCACCGUCGCCAGGUCCGGCUGCUGGAGCAUGCUCAAGGGCGGCAUGACCGCUUCUUCUUCCGGCCCAGCCGAGCUCUUCUUCGAGGCCGAUGGUACGGUGGACAUCUGGGUGGACAGCGUGUCUCUGCAGCCCUUCUCCUUCGCCGAGUGGGAAGAGCACCGCCGUCUGUCGGCCGGCAAGGCCCGCCGGAGCGCCGUCAAGGUGGUCGCCCGCGCCGCCGACGGCGCCCCACUGCCGAACGCCAACCUGAGGGUCCAGCUACUCCGGCCCGGGUUCCUGUUCGGCAACGCCAUGACCAAGGAGAUCCUCGACAUCCCGGCCUACGAGCAGUGGUUCACAUCCCGGUUCACCGUGGCCAGCUUCGAGAACGAGAUGAAGUGGUACAGCACCGAAUGGAGGAAGAACCGGGAGGACUACGGCGUCCCGGACGCCAUGCUGCGGCUCGCCCAGAAGCACGGCAUCGCGGUGCGCGGCCACAACGUGCUCUGGGACACCAACGACACGCAGCUGUCGUGGGUGAAGCCGCUGGGCGUGCCCCAGCUGAAGGCGGCCAUGAGGAAGCGCAUCAGCUCCGUGGUGUCGCGGUACGCCGGCAAGGUGAUCGCGUGGGACGUGAUGAAUGAGAACCUCCACGGGAGCUUCUUCGAGAGCAGGCUCGGCCCCAACGCGUCGGCCGAUGUGUACCGGCGGGUGGCGCGGAUCGACCGGACGGCGACGCUCUUCAUGAACGAGUACGGCACGCUGGAGCAGCCGGCGGACGUGGCCGCCAUGUCCAGCAAGUACGUCGCCAAGCUGAGGCAGAUACGCUCCUACCCCGGCAACCGCCGCCUCAAGCUCGCCGUCGGCCUCGAGAGCCACUUCGGCACGCCCAACAUCCCCUACAUGAGGGCGACGCUGGACAUGCUCGCGCAGCUCAAGAUCCCCAUCUGGCUCACCGAGGUGGACGUCUCCCCGAAGGCCGGCCCCUACGUGCCGGACUACCUGGAGGAGGUGCUGAGGGAAGGGUACGGCCACCCCAAGGUGGAGGGGAUGGUGAUGUGGGCGGCCUGGCACGCGCAGGGCUGCUGGGCCAUGUGCCUCAUGGACAACAACUUCAACAAUCUUCCCGCCGGUGACCGCGUCGACAAGCUCAUCGCUGAAUGGAGGGCACACCCGGAGGGCGCCACCAUGGACGCCAACGGCGUCACCGAGCUGGACCUCGUCCACGGCGAGUACAACUUCACGGUCACCCACCCGUCUUUUGACAAGCCCACCGUGCGCACUUUGACGGUGGACGCGUCGUCGUCUGCGGUGGAGCACACUAUAGACAUCAAGGUGUAGCUAGGGACUAGGGAUCGGACACAUACACAAUACACAACAGCUUAGUUUCGUCUCCUAUACAAUAUAUUCUUGAGAAGAAUU